UGCUGCUUUUCGUCUGCAAAAAUCAUCUUCGAACUCACAGCCAAAAACUGAUCUCCGAUCACGUUCAUGGCGGCUGAAGACGCUGUGGUUGUAGUGAACGGUUUGAACUUCGACCAGAAGCACGGGAAGGAGCGAGUUCGAGUGGCUCGGGUAUGGCGGACUAAAGAUGGCCGUCAUUUCAUCGUCGAAUGGAGCGUUGGUAUCAGUCUUAUGUCCGAUUGUGUUGCCGCUUACGUUAGCGAUGAUAAUUCCGAAAUCGUUGCAACUGAUACUAUGAAGAAUACUGUGUACGCCAAAGCCAAGGAAUGCUCUGAUCAAAUUUCAGUGGAAGAUUUUGCGAUUCUUCUUGCCAAACACUUCACAUCAUAUUACAAGCAGGUUACUGCUGCGAUAGUGAAAAUUGCAGAAAAGUCAUGGGAGCGUGUAUCUGUCAAUGGUCAACCACACAACCAUGGCUUCAAACUUGGACCUGAAAAGCACACUACAGAGGUGAUAUUUAAGAAGUCAGGUGCGUUACAAGUGAGCUCUGGCAUUGAGGAACUGUCUUUGCUGAAGACAACUCAAUCAGGUUUUGAGCAAUUUUUUCGGGACAAGUACACAGCUCUUCCUGAGACACGAGAGAGGAUAUUGGCCACCAAGGUUUCUGCUUCAUGGAGGUAUUCAUUUGAAUCUAUGUCCAGUAUCCCUAAACAGCAGUGUUACUUCACGGAAACAUACCUUGAUGUCAAAAAAGUGUUAGCUGACACCUUCUUUGGUCCUCCAAAAGAGGGAGUUUAUAGCCCAUCUGUUCAAUACACUCUUUAUGAAAUGGCAAAUAACGUUCUCAGCAGGUUCCAUGUUAUAUCAUCAGUGAGGCUGAAAAUGCCAAAUCUCCACUUCUUACCUGUCAACAUAUCAACGAAAGAUAAUCGGAGUAUCGUUAAGUUUGAGGAUGAUGUGUAUCUGCCAACUGAUGAACCCCAUGGAUCAAUUGAAGCUUGCUUAAGCCGCUUAUCUUCUAAGCUUUGAGGAAAUUUAAGCAUUUUCAGUGUCAAGAGGGACACAGCCAGGUUAUGCCUUUCCAUUUCUGGAAAACUUUCUGUAUAACUCUGAACAAAUCCUCUCGCUUUUAAGUUUAAAUAAUGAUGAACAGUGCAGACUGUUUAUUUAAAUUAGAAGGUUGAUGA